AGUCACAGCCUGAGCUGACAGUCCGCGCCUGGCUGCCCCCGGCCAGCUCUCCGACAGCCCCAGACAAGGAGCCGCGCUCAGCUCUGCUCUCUGCAUCUCGAGGACCCCUGAGAGGACGACCGUGCCUGCCUGCCGCUCCAUGUUUCCGACGGGCUGGCGGUCAGGGGACCCUGACGUAGGGCAUCAUCAGGACAGGAAAGGCCUCCUAAGAGCAGCACAGGACAGGUUUUUGCUGAGAAAGGUGAGCGACCGUCCCGUACGACGCAUGGCGGACGGCAGACAGCGACAUGGCUAAGAUGGCGGCAGGUAGGGGAACGACCUCAUCCACGUCAGGGAGGACACUUUCAGCUACUUCAGCUUCUACAAACUACCCUGAAACUAAAAGGCUCCCGUUCAGUUCUUCUCGUACUUUGAUUGGUUACUUUCCUUGAUUGAAAGACGCAUCCAGCUGUUUCACAUUAACAUCAGUGACACAUGCAUGAUUAUUGGAGACUGACCAAUCAGCACACAGCAAGAACUCGACACUUAAAUGAAAUCCAGGUCUUUUUAAUUGAAAUGGUACUUCACAAAUCCUGCCCGAGCUCAGAGUGUCCACCCUGACAGGGAUUAGGUGGAAAUGCCAGCAGCAGGUGGCAUGCAGCAAACCAAAAACCAGCAUGGCUAACAUCAAAGCAGACAGUUACAGGUAGUGCAGACAGAACCGGGCUUCUGGGCUUCCAGCGUGUCCACUCUCCUCGGGGCGGCAUUUACGUCUCGUCUCGACACUUAGCGGAGAAGGGGCCGCAUCUGGUGCGAGAAGCUGCCCAGCAGAUGGAUUUCACGCAAAGCUUUUUGGACGAAUUCCUGGUCUGCAGACAUGCGUCCCCGAUCGGCACACCUAUCUGUGUGGGGCCUGCCCACUAUAAAGGAGGGGCACGAGGAUCACGCACCGGACACGAACCAGCAGGACUCUCUCAGCGGCCUAAGCUCCGCCCCCUCGCGGGCCGACUCCCCCGACGACUACCUGUGGUCCAUCAGUCAGCUGGCACGCCCUGUCUUCUGCUCACCUAAUACCAAGGAUUUAGGAAAACAAGGGCAGGACACUGUCGACCCCCCCAGACACCGAUCCAGCUGCAGUGAAGGCCGCUUCACAGUCACCAUGGAGAUGGGUGGGUGUCUAAGCAACGGGAGGGAAUACCUGAAUGAAGGGGGCAUUCGUAAACCUGGCUCUCUGCCCCCUCCACCCCCCCUGAGCGAUACCUGCCUCAGAAACAGCCAUCCGGCUCUCCGUCCUGGACGGGCCGCCGUCGCCAAAGCCCUCGCAUUUCCACGAAAGGAGCUGAAGUCCCAGAGAAGUAGGCGGCUCCCCCAGGGGGCCCUGAAUGACACAGGAAGCCCCAUGGCCCUCCAGAGGGACAGAGCCGUCGCCCGCGUGGACGACGACUCAAUCAUCUUCCACUGGAUCGCCGACUGCCGCACUGCAUGGAUCACCGACUGCCGCACUGCAAGGAUUGCCGACUGCCGCACUGCAUGGAAGGAAGCGAGGCUCCAGGCCAGGAUGCUGCCUGCCAUUGCAGAAAUAUGAGGAAAAGAAGGCAGCCAUGCCAUUUUCUCUCAGUAUUCACCCAUAAAUACAUUUAUUUAGUGAGAACUUUUAGCCACAGAAACCUACAAUUGGGAGAGGAGGAUCAGACUGGGGGUUAAAGGAGCAAUUCACCCCAAAACUGCAAAAAGAUGUGUUUUCGAGGGGCUUUAAUGCUAUCUGUCAAUCUAGGCGGUUCUGCUUUGAACUCCCCACCGAUAUCGUCUGUGCAGUGAUAUAACUGGAGUGUGGAAUUUGCAGCACAACAACCUUAAUGGAUAGACAGCAGUAAAGCCCCUCUAAAACAUCUCCUUUUCAGUUUUGGGGUGAACUGUCCUUUAAGGGCCACAGUGAAGGGCCCAGCAGUGACAUCAUUCUGCGGACUGGGGCGUUUGAAUUGCCACCCACUGGAUCACAGGCACAGCAGCCUAACCUGCUGAGUCACGCACUGCCUCCUUAAUCACAGCUGAAAACCCAGUGAAACUGGUGACAAGUACACACUGCAGAACACUCAGACAGCUUUCAUGUUUUCUGCUAAGUAGCGUAUAUUCACUUAGUCAACGCCAUCAGUUGGGGUCGCGUCCCACUCGCCUGUACCGGUGAACCCCAUGCCUUCUGUGACUAACCCUAAAUCACUGGGGCCCCGACUGAAGUGACUAUUAAAGAUGGAUUAAAGAUAUUUAAUUACACUGAGCUGUUAAUUUCACAGCAGCUAAUUAAGCAGCAGCCAGCAGCGACAGAAAGUGGAGAUGUCAUCACACUUGCCGUGCGUGAGAUGAUUAAUGAGCUUCUCCAUCAGGAGCUCGUAGACAAAGGCUACUGAGGUCACAUCACUUGCAGUUUUAAUGAACCUGGUCAUCACAUCUGCCGGAGAAUGAUGGGAAUGGCAACAAAUACGUACAAAGGUAAAACAGAAAGAUCUGAUACUGACAGGGACCCGACGACUAAGAGGUCUGCAGUACUGUUUCGCUCCACAUGGGGGCGAUCAGAGGGCGGCUGGAGCUCCAGUGAGACGACAUGCGAAUUGCAUGGAAAAAUAACUGGACAGCAAUUUAUUUACAGUAAAACGGGAGACUGAUCCCCGUGUGAUCAUGUCAACAGUGGGCGGUGGGGGGGGAAGCGGUUCUGUUACAUUCUCGAAUUGAUAGUUGGUUGGAAGUUAUUGAAAUUAUUGGUAUGUUGUAUGAUGAAGACUAUUACGACGCACUUCACGCAGAUUACAUUUAAAGUCAAACACGGUGACAUAUGGUAUAUAACUUUUUACAUGCUGAUAAGUACUAAAUAUUUGUUAUAUAAACUAACGUGUUAACUUUAACAGAAGUCAGCUGUCGCUGUGACUCGCCCUUUAUAUUUAAUUUGCUGGUCAGCGCAUUUUAAAUGAAUAAACCGAGUUUUUAUA